GCUCAUAGAAGGGACACCUCUACCCCCUUGAGAACCCAGGAUUUUGCCGUGAGCCUCCGCAAGUUUCGGUCAUCAACCACGGCGAGCUCGACGGCCACCGCGAUGCGACUCUACCUCGUCCCAAUCUCUACGAGACGGACCCUCCUAUACUGCCAUCGCCUCGACGUCGGCAAGUCCGAAAGGCAAACAUGGUCGGAAAAGAUCCAGAGCCGGGUCGCCAAGACUUGGGCAGGCUGGGAGAAGAGGGAUCGGGGCUGGCAGAAGUCGGUCGUCAAAUACGGAAACCAUGCUCUUAGGCGGAUCCCAUAUGAGGAGUGGGGCCUCAAAUCCGUUCCUCCCUUGUCAGAGAGGCGGAGGAUGGAGGAGUUGAACGGCACAGAUAAGGUCGAGGUCAUCUAUCCAGAGACCCUGAUCCCCGCCAGCAAGGUUGGCGACGUACUGGGGAGGUUGGCUACUGAGAGGGAAACGCUGCACCGGAGAAAACUGAUAUGGUGCUUCGUCGGCAUGCCUAUCACGGCGCCGGUUGCGCUUAUUCCCUUGAUCCCCAACAUCCCAUUCUUUUAUCUCGUCUACCGCGCUUGGUCGCAUUGGCGUGCCCUGUCCGGCGGCAAGCAUAUCCGAUUCCUCCUGCAGAACAACCUCCUCACACUUACGAGGUCGCCAAUUCUUGAUGCUGUAUACGCAAACCACAGGCAUCCCUUGCGGGCCUCCACAAAACCCACCACAAGUCCCGAAGCAGAGCAGUUGGGGAACACCGGCACGUCCACGGCCUUGGGUCCUGAUCAUCACACAGGCGAGGUCAUGCUCCUUUCCCAGGAGAACUGCAAAGGGAUAACGGAGGAAUUGGACCUCCCCCAGCUUGAAAUCGAGCUCGAGCGAGCCAUCUGGCAGGUCGGGAUCGCCAUCGAGAAGCAAAACGAGGAGGCCAGCAAGGAGGCCUCGGCCAGUUCCACCCAAACCCCAGCCUCGAAUUCCGAUACCGAGGCCGAUCAAGAUGACAAGAAGAUGAGAUAACGACUCCCAUAAGGAGAUCCCGACGAUGUUGAGCGACGACGAUGUAUAUUACUGUACGGGGUGCAAACAAGGAUAUAAACAGGUGGCCUGAUAACCCCGGUUUGGGUUCUGAA